AGAGAAGUUCGCCUCAUUUCUCGGAAACAUCGACGCCUUUUUUGAGUGUUGACGAAGACAACGAUGAAGCGAAGUGCAGCUACCGAUGAUCCUUCCCAACGGGACAAGAAACUCCGUCGUUCCUCUGGGCUUGAGGCUUUGACGCUUGGUGGUGCGACGGAAUCGAAGGACGGUUGUAAGCGCCAAGAAGAACUCAUGGCGACGGCGCCUCUGCGAGCGUUGCCUCUGGUCUUGGUCAAUUCCGGAUUUCUAUUCAAGCAUGAGUGUCUCAGCGCUGCGGCUACGUGUCGUGAUUGGAGAGACGUUUGGAAUGAAGUGGAGGACAAGUGCCAGUCCGACUGCCUCGUCGAGAUCUCGUGCGUCAAGGACGACCAAGACGAGUGGCCAGAUUGGGUUGAGUGCAGUGGCCUUCAAACUGCUAUUCCAACCCAAGCUUUUGUCCGUCAAAUCUUCAACCGAGCCAAUGACUUGAAAGUAGCGGCCUGUCGUACCGAGAGCGAGAAACGCGAGGUUCGUGACAAUCUUCCCAAGUGGGGUGUCACCUUUCACCGUGCCAAGGUCGUUGUCGUGGACUCGACCAUUCUUGUCCCUGGUGGACUGGCAAUCAUGUUGUUCAAGUAUGACUGUGACAGCAAUCCAUCUUCCACCGGUACGUGGAUCAAGCUUGACUGGGAGGUUACCCUAACUGAAGACAUGGAAGUCGCAAUGGGACUCGGAGAACGUGCCCAAAAUCUCUACGAUGCCCAAGGCAGUCGGCCUCUUUUUGAUUGGCAUUUUGUCCAGUUUCCUUACGAGGCUGCCUUUCGCCUUUUCAUACGCCAUGCGUUUCGAACCGCUACACGCCCACGACGACAUGUGGCAGGAGCCAAUGUGGGCCCUGUUCCUGCUCUCCCACGACGAGAAGUGGCAGGAGCCAAUGUGGGCUUGGCUCCUGCUGCUAUGCAACCGCCUCCUUCUCCACCAGCAGCCGUCGCUUCUGACGCCGAAGCUGAACACGCCCACGGAGAAACAGGCGAUGAUGCUGAAACAUAAAAAGAAGCGAAGACCCCCAGCGAAUUCAAUGUUCUCCGAGCACCGAUCUAUGGCGUUGUCUCCUUCCAUUUCCAUUGAUUGACCCAAAACUGUACUUGCCACGCUGGACGCUGGGCCGAAGAUGACACAAAGUAUACACGUACUCCACAAAGCACGCCCGAGCGACUGCCUCACGAAACUAAACGAAUGAAUGAAUGCUCUGUUUGAAGACUAGCUGCAAAAGACGUAAUUACUAACGAACGAACGAACGUCGAAUCAACAUCUUUAGUGCUUCAGCUAGCAGUCACCUAAUGUCCGCGACUCAGCAUUGGUCU